CGACACUAUCAUUGAGAUUACUUGACUUGAUGCACUCAGUGAGUGCGCAGUAUUCGAGCUUAAUCACUGGUGAAUUGCGAAGCUAUAAAAUCUACUAGAAGAAUAAUUUAUAAGCACCGAAUACCACCACACGCCUGUACGUUGUCGCGCCCUGGAACUGAACACGGACACCGACAAUUAGCUUCGCUACCUCGAUACGUCCCGAUCCACUCCAGAACAUCCCCCCCAGCGCUUCGCAACAGCGGACAAAAGCCCUGCGCCUUUGCGCAUUCAGUAAUUCAAGAUGGCACCUCGCAUAGAGGCUCAGGAGAUUGAGACGUACUGGAACAUCUUCAGCGCGAGGACGAAUGGCUCCAAGUUCCUGACGGGAGAGCAGGCGGCACCCGUGCUCAAGAACUCGGGGCUUCGCGAUGAUCAGCUCGAGAGGGUGUGGGAUCUUGCCGACGUCGACAAUGAUGGAAACCUGGACUUUGAGGAGUUUUGCGUGGCCAUGCGUGUCAUCUUUGACAUACUUAACGGGGAACACGCCGACGUCCCGACUACACUCCCGGAUUGGCUCGUCCCAGAAUCCAAGGCACACCUUGUCCAAGCCAACCGAGCUCUGACAGGAAAGCAAGUACAAUUCGAGCGCGUGGACGAUGACCCCGACUCCCCGGGCCUCAAGGAUGGGUUCGACUGGUAUAUGAGCCCGGCGGAUAAGUCCAAGUACGAAUCCAUAUACCAGGAGAAUAGGGACAUGCGGGGAGAAGUGUCGUUCGGCGCCCUCGAGGACCUUUACGAAUCACUCGAUGUCCCAGAUACAGACAUUAGGUCGGCCUGGAACCUGAUCAACCCUUCAGCUGGCCCUACGAUCAACAAAGACGCCUGCCUCGCCUUUCUUCACAUUCUCAACUACCGCCACGAAGGCUACCGGAUUCCCAGGACGGUUCCUGCGUCUCUCCGCGCUUCUUUCGAGCGCAACAAGAUCGAUUACCAGGUUGACAAGCAGGGAGCCUCGCGGUGGGCAACCAAGGCCGAUGAUGAGACCUCCACGGGCCGCAAGGCCAAGUUCGGUGAUCAGUACCUGACCCGUCUGGGGCGUGGCAGCUUCAAGACUUCUGGAACCGACUUUUCCAGCGCCCAGGCGGAUUCUGAAUGGGAGGAGGUGCGACUGAAGAAACAGCUCGCUGAGCUGGAUGCCAAGAUGGCGAGGGUGGAGGCUGAUGCUGAGAGGCGGAAGGGUGGCAAGCGCGAUUCGAAGCCGGCGCUUGUCAAACGGGAGCUGGAGCAGCUUCUUGAUUACAAGCGGAAGCAACUGCGGGAGAUAGAAGAGGGCAACACCAAGGGUCAGGGUGGUGGAAGCCUCAACGGGAUACAAGAUGAUUUGCAGACAGUUCGUGAGCAGACCGAUGGCCUGGCGUCGCACCUGAGGUCGAGGCAAAAACACCUCGAAGAAUUGCGUCGGCAAAUCGAGGACGAGAAGGCCGGCAGGUGAGCGGAGAUGUUACCUUUGAUAGGGGAGAGCCAGGUUUUAUUUUUACUCGCUUGGCUUCAGUGACUCCUUGGGAAGCUGUCUUGUGAUGGAGUUUUUCUUUUCUUUUUUUUUUUUUUUAAAAAAAAAAAAAAAAAGAAAAAAAAAAUCAUCUCAAGGGUUGGCUACCCACUAAAGCUCAGACUAAAGGGGUUGAUCACGCCCCGAGUUGGUUCAUGAUGAUUUUGGGUACGAUUUGCUGUAUAUGGUCUUGAACAUCUC